AUGAAACAAGAGGACUACAAGACUGGUAAUGGCUAAAGAAACUUCAGGAAUAUUAUAAAAUAAGAUUGCAAUUCUUUAUUUAAUAGAUAAUAGGACUAAUUAAAAGUUCAGUAAGAAAUACAAAAUCAGUUAGAAGAAUAAAUUGUUAAUAAUGAGAGUGAAACUUUGCUUAAAUCAUAAUAAUGUAAAAAAAAAGAUCAAAUAAUUUAUUUGAAAUUAAGUUAUGAUUCUUAAAAUUAUUGGUGGAAUGAACAAAAUACUAACACUAACUCUAAAAACGAAUAAAGUAGUGUUAUAUCAAAAGGUGGUGAAAAUUAUAUGAUGGAAUUCUAAGAAAUUCAAAAGUAUGACUAAAAUUAACAAAACAAAAAACUGAAUUAUCAAAAUAGUCUUUUUUAUUAUUAAAGCGUUAAUGAGUCUUCAUCAAUGGCAGAUGAAUAAAAUGAUAAAACAAUAAAAAUAAAAUAGUUUAAAGCAAAUGAAAAAUUAAAUAAAUCUGAAUAGAUCAAAUAAUAUUAAUACUCAUCUACUAAAAUUCAAGAAAAAUCCACUAAAUUGGUAUAUUAAGAUAAAAGAAUAUAAGAAAACGAUUAUUAAAAUAAUAAAAUUCAUACUAAUCUGCUUUUAGAAUUAAAGAGAUAACUCAAAAAUAUGAAUUAUUAAGUAAAAGAAAAUAAGGAAGAAAUAGGUGAUGGCUUUGCUUUAAGAGCUACUAAGUAUAUCAGAUAAGAAAAAAUUUAAAAUUACUUGGUAUUGACAAAAUUUAUUAAAAUCGAAAACAGCAAUAAAAAGAUUAUAAAAAAGUUAGAAUUUUUAUAAUUAUUACAAGAAACUACAAAAUAUGUUAAAAUAGAAGAUUCUUUUCAAAUAUCUUCAAAUAAUCACCCAUAAUAAAUUAUUUUUGUUAUAAUUUUGCUAGAAUUUAAAAAUACAUACAAUUUUCUUCUUAAAAUUGAGAAAAUAAUUGAUUUCUUUAAGGAAAAUAAAUAUUAUUUAGGAAAAUAUAUAGCUGAAGGUGGUUAUGGUGUUAUUUUUGAUGGAAAAAUAUACCAAAAUAAUAAAAUAUAAGAAAUAAUAUUCAAAAUAUAAUUCGCAGAUGAGUAAAAUAUAAAUUAAAGUGAAGAAGAAUAUAAUAUUAUGAAAGGAUUUGAAAAAAAUAUUUAUUUGAUUAAUGCUAUUGAUUAUAAAAAAAUAGACGAGAAUGUUUCUGUUAUAUUGAAGGAAAAGUGUGAAUGUGAUUUAAAUAGCAAAUUGAAAUAACUUCAAUAAAAUAAUUAAUUUUCAUUUACUUAACUUUUACAAAUUAUAUUUGAUCUAAUAGAUGGAUUGAUAUUGCUGAGGGCAUAUAAAAUAAUUCAUUUAGAUAUAAAACCUUCAAAUAUUUUAAUUAAUCAUUAUGGUAUACAUGUUUUUUCUGAUUUUGGAACUUCUUAUAAAAAUAAAAAUGAUCAAUCUAUUCAAGUUAAAGGGUUUACACCAUACUAUGCUCCAUAAGAAGUGCUUAAAGGAGAAAAUAAUAUUAAUUAUUAAUCAGAUGCAUUUUCAAUAGGGAAAACUUUAGAAAUUGUCUUUAAUCAUUAUGAAAUGCUUAAUAAAUUUAAUAAAAAUGAAAAAAAUAUGAUUGAGAAAUUUAAAUAAAUUUUAAAAGAUUAUGCCCUCAGAGAAUAAGUCUCUGAAAGAAAAACAUGCUUGGAAUUGCAUAAAGCAUUUUAUGAAGCUGUUAUAUUUGAAGGAUAUUUAGAAUUUUCAGAAUCAUAUAUUGAUAAAAUUAGAUUAAUACUAUCAUAAAGCUGUGGUGAUAGGAACAAAGAUAUCUAUUUUUUUCGUGAAGUAUGUAUCUAUUAUAAUGAAAAAAUACUUGAUUUAAAACAAAAGAUUAAAAAAUCUCAUAUUUUAAGCUUUGUUGAAAUUGAAUCGCUUUCUGAAUCUUCUUUAAGAAAGAUUGAUAAAAUAUCAAGUUAACAAGAUCCAGAAUGUAUAUUAAUUUAUAAUUUAAUUGCAAGUUUAUACAAUGAACAGAGCUAAUACGAUAUAGAGAAAAAAUAUUUAUAAAAAUCUCUUGAAUUGUGUAAUGAAUUAUUCAAAAAAGGGAAUCUCUAUACAGCCAGAACACUCAAUAAACUUGCUUUUUUUCAUAAAAAAGAAGUUGGUUUAGAAUAUUCUCUUAAAUCUAUAUAAAUGGUUGAAGAUAUUAUUAAAGGAGAUAAUGACUUUAAAGCUAUUUACCUGAAUACUCUUUCAUGGUGUUAUUCAAGUUUAAAUGACCAUAAAUAAGCUUUAAAAGUAUAAGAAGAAACUCUAAAAAUGAGACUUAGUAUGUUUAAGUUAUAUCAUCCUAGGAUUGCUUUAGCUCUUAUCAAUUUAGGAACUAAAUAAUUUCUUUAUAAAGAAAAUCAUCCAUGCAUUGCAUAAUCUCUUGAUUAUAUUGGAUAAUGCUAUCUAAAGAUGGGAAAUUUAGAAUAAGCAAAAAAAAAAAGAGAUUUAAUAAAAAACAAAAAUAGUAAUUAUUAAAGAUUAAAAGGUGCUUAAAAAGAGCUUUUGAGAUAAGGAUAAAUGUAGCAAGAAAACUUUCAAACUGGUAAUAGCUAAAGAAACAUCGAAGAUAUUAGAAAAUAAGAUUACAACUCUUAAUUUAAUAGAUAAUAGGACUAAUUAUAGAUUCAGUAAGGAAUAGAAAAUCAGUUAGAUAUAAAAAGUUAAAGCCUCAGCCAUUUUGAUAAGUAUGAAAUUAAUAAAAAAAAUAAUAAUAAUUAAAAUAUGAUUGAUAAUAAUGACAGUGAAACUAUGCCAAAAUCAUAAUUAUGUAAAAAAAAAGGCAACUCUAUUCAUUUGAAAUUAAGUUAUGAUUCUUAAAAGUAUUGGUAGAAUUAACAAACUAGUUAAAAUAACUCAAAAGAUGAAUAAACUAGUAUUAUAUAUGAAAGCGGUGAAAAUGAAUUUUUUUGUUAUUAAGGCAUUAAUGAGUAUUCAUCAAUGGUUAAUGAAUAAAAUGAUAAAACAAUAAAAAUCAAAUAAUUUAAAGCAAACUAAAAAUAAAGUAAAUUUGAAUAAAUAAAAAAUUAUGAAUAGUUAUCAACUAAUAUUUAAGCAAAAUCCACUAACUUGGUAUACUUAGAUAAAAAAAUAUAAGGAAAUGAAGAUUAAAAUAAUAAAAUUCAUACUAAUCUAAUUUUAGAAAUAAAGAGAUAGCUCACAAAUAGGGAUUAUUAAGUAAAAGAAAAUAAAGAAGAAAUAGGUGGUGGCUUUGUUUUACGAGCAUCUAAGUAUAUUAGAUAUAAUCUAAAAAAAAAAUAUUUGGUAUUGACAAGUUUAAUUAAAAUCUAAAAUAGCUCUUAAAAGAUUAUAAAAAAGUUAGAAUUUUUAUAAUUAUUACAAGAAACUACAAAAUAUAUCCAAAUAGAAGAUUCUUUUGAACUAUCUUUAAUUAGUUAUCCAUAAUCAAUUAUUUUUGUUAUAGUUUUGCUAAAAUUCAAAAAUACAUACAAUUUUCUUCUAAAAAUUGAGAAAAUAAUUGAUUUCUUUAAGGAAAAUAAAUAUUACUUAGGAAAAUAUAUAGCUGAAGGUGGUUAUGGUGUUGUUUUUGAUGGAAAAAUAUUUCAAAAUAAUAAAAUAUAAGAAGUAAUAUUCAAAAUUUAAUUCACUGAUAAAUAAAAUAUAAAUGCAAGUGAAGAAGAAUAUAAUAUUAUGAAAGGAUUUGAAAAAAAUAUUAAUUUAAUUGAUACUAUUGAUUAUAAAAUGAUAGACUAGAAUGUUUCUAUUAUAUUGAUGGAAAAGUGUGAAUGCAAUCUAAAAGAUAAAAUGUAAUAACUUCAAGAAAAGAAUUAAUUUUCAUUUACUUAACUUUUAAAAAUUAUAUUUGAUCUAAUAGAUGGGCUGAUAUUGCUGAAGGCAUAUAAAAUAAUUCAUUUAGAUAUAAAACCUUAAAAUAUUUUAAUUAAUCAUUAUGGUAUAUAUGUUAUUUCUGAUUUUGGAACAUCUAUUAAAAAUAAAAAUAAUCAAGCUAUUUAAGUUAAAGGAUAUACACCAAACUACGCUCCUGAAGAAGUAAUUUAAAAUAAUGGUAUUAAUUAUUAAUCAGAUGUCUAUUCGUUUGGAAAAACAUUAGAAAUUGUUUUUAAGGAGUAUGAGAAACUUUAAAAUUAUAAUUAAAAAGAAAAAAUUAUUCUUGAAAAAUUUAAAUAAAUUAUAUAUGAUUCUGUCCUCAAAAAUUAAAGUUCUGAAAGAAAAACAUGCUUGAAACUGCACAAAGCAUUUUAUGAAGUUGUUAAAUUUGAAGAAAAUAUAGAAUUUUCAUAAUCUUAUAUUGAUAAAAUUAGAUUAAUAUUAUCAUAAACCUAUCAUGAUAGUAACAAAGAUAUCUAGUUUUUUCAGGAAGUAUCUAUUUAUUAUUAUGAAAAAAUACUUGACUUAAAACAAAAAAUUAAGAAAUCUCAUAUUUUAAGCUUUGUUGAUGAAAUUGAAUCACUUCCUAUAUCCUCUUUAAAUAAGAUUGAUAAAUUAUCAAGUUAAGAAGAUCCAGAGUGUAUAGUAAUUUAUAAUGAAAUUGCAAAUUUUUACAAUGAACAGAGCUAAUUUUAAAUAGCUAAAUAACAAUUAUAAAAAUCUCUCGAAUUAUGUCAGUAAUUAUUCAAAAAAGGGCAUCUCUAUACAGCCAGCACACUUAAUAAACUUGGUUUAUUUUAUUUAAAAGAAGAUGGUUUAAAAUAUUCCCUUUAAUCAUUAUAAAUAAUAGAAGAUAUUUUUAAAGGAGAUACAUUCAUUAAAGCUAUAUACCUAAAUACUCUUUCAUGGUGUUAUUCCAGUUUAUAAGAAUCUCUAUAAGCUUUAAAAUUAUAAGAGGAAUCUCUAAAAAUCAGAAGUAAUAUCUUUAAGUUAUAUCAUACUAGGAUUGCUGUAGCUCUUAAUAAUUUAGGAACUAUGUAUUAAAAUUAUGAUUUAAACAAAUGCUUGAAAUACUAACUUUUAUCUCUGAAAAUCAGGUAAUCUCUUUUUAAAGAAAAUCAUCCGUGCACAGCAAGAUCUCUUGAUUGUGUUGGAUAAUGCUAUCUAAAUAUGGGAGAUUUAUAAAAAGCAAAAAAGUAUUUGUACAAUUCAUAUUUUAUGAGAAGAAUAAUUUAUAAAGGAGAUAUUGACUGUGUUGCAGUUUCUUUAAAGAAUAUAGCAAAAUAUCAUUAAAAGUCUGGUGAAUUCAUUAAAUCAAUAUUUUUUUAUAAAAAAUAUUUUUAAAUGAUGAAAAACUUGAAUUAUGAUAGCAUUGAUUAUGUCUACAUUUUCCUUUAUAAUAUAGCUCAGUGUUUGCUCUUUAAUAAAUAAUAUUAAUAAAGCAUAUUUAUUUUACAAUUCUUUUUAAAAAUAUUUUCAAAAAAUACUGCACAAAUAUCUAAGACUCAUAUAAUUAUUGGACUAUGCUAUUUCAAUAUGGGGCAAUUAUUAAAAAGUUUAGAAUCUGUUUGCUAAGCCAUAUCAAUUGAUAAAAAUGUUAUUCAGCAAGAUAUCCAUAAAUUAUCCAGUCUUAUAAAAAAUAUUUUCAAAAGAUAUUAAUUUCUUAGAUAUUUAUCAUUAUGUCUAAAUUUGAAAAAUUAAUACUCAGAUAAAUUCUAAAAUUUUAAAUUUAAAAAGUAUUAAUAUUUUUUGCUAAUGAUCUACUUAUUGAUUCUAGAAUUUUUAGAACAAGAUGAUAAUCAAAGAUUUCAACUUUAUAUUAGCAUUUUAGAAAUUACUAAAAAGUGA